CCCACACACACACAACGAUGGCCGCCAAGCUCUCCCUCCUCCUCCUGGGCCUCGCCACCACCCUCGCGAGCACCGCUGCCACCUCCUACGGGACCACCCAGCAAAACGCCGCCCCCGCCAACUAUGACUUCAACUGGGCCGUCAACGACGCGCCCUCCGGCAACAACUACGGCCAGCAGGAGUCCCGCCAGGGUGACAGCACCCGGGGAUCCUACUACGUGCAGCUGCCCGACGGCCGCCUCCAGCGCGUCGACUACACCGUCAGCGGCGGCUCCGGCUUCGUGGCGCAGGUCACCUACGAGGGCGUGGCCCAGUUCCCCCAGCAGAGCGGCGGCUACGGCGCCCCUGCCCAGUCCUACGGCACCCCCACCAACAGACCCCAGCAGGGCUACGGCCGCUAGGCCCGACACAGCCUCUUCCUCACCAGUCCCGCCCCGGCCUGGCUGACAACCCCUGCACAGGCCCUGGACCAAGCCGUGCCCAGCCACCCAUCAAGUAUUUAUUCCCUCGCCUCAUGCAUCACUCACAAUAAAGUCACGGCAAGCAUGUCCUUCUCUUCUUCCCCUUUACCUCCUCGGCCAUCACCGAUCUGAUGGCCGCCCGCCGAAGCUCCGAACGUCAACAACUUCACUAACACCACCUCGUCACUGGGACACACUCUGGCUCAUCUUCAGGGCAAGUUCAUGCCGCACACACACCGCCCCUCGCCGCAGCCUGCACUCACAGCGCCAGUGUGUCUACUCUGUGAUCUGUGGGGGCACGUGUCCUUGACUCCCGGCCAGGCCGGCAGCCUCUAAGGUUGAAGGAAGUUAUGGAAACAAAGCUCCCGAGGGUCGCAGGGAGUCAUCUGAUAUGUU